UUUCUCCCCUUCUCUCACCCUUUUCGCUCUUCUUUCUUCACAAUUCUUUCAAGAGUUUUUAUCAUCUCCUCGUUUCCUUCUCUUUAAAGUAAAUUGCAAUGUCUGCUGCUGCUGAAACUUUCCUCUUCACCUCCGAGUCUGUCGGUGAAGGUCACCCAGAUAAGAUCUGUGACCAAGUUUCCGAUGCCAUUCUCGAUGCUUGUUUGGCUGUUGAUCCGCUCUCCAAGGUUGCCUGUGAGACCGCUUCCAAGACUGGUAUGAUCAUGGUUUUCGGUGAGAUCACCACCAAGGCUCAAUUGGACUACCAAAAGAUCAUCAGAGACACCAUCAAGCACAUUGGUUACGACUCUUCUGAUAAGGGCUUUGACUACAAGACCUGUAACGUCCUUGUUGCCAUUGAGCAACAAUCCCCAGAUAUUGCUCAAGGUUUGCACUACGAGAAGGCUCUUGAGGAGCUCGGUGCCGGUGACCAAGGUAUCAUGUUUGGUUAUGCCACCGAUGAAACCGAUGAGAAGUUGCCAUUGACCAUCUUGUUGGCUCACAAGUUGAACGCUGCACUUGCUGACGCUAGAAGAUCAGGUGCUUUGCCAUGGUUGAGACCUGACACCAAGACCCAAGUUACUGUUGAGUACAAGAAGGAUGGUGGUGCCGUCAUCCCACUCAGAGUUGACACCAUUGUUAUCUCCACUCAACACGCUGAGGAGAUCUCCACUGAGGACUUGAGAAGUGAGAUCAUCAAGCACAUUGUCCAAAAGGUUAUUCCAGAGCACUUGCUCGAUGACAAGACCAUCUACCACAUCCAACCAUCUGGUAGAUUCGUCAUUGGUGGUCCACAAGGUGACGCUGGUUUGACCGGUAGAAAGAUCAUCGUUGACACUUACGGUGGAUGGGGUGCCCACGGUGGUGGUGCCUUCUCCGGUAAGGAUUUCUCCAAGGUUGACAGAUCCGCUGCUUACGCUGCCAGAUGGAUUGCUAAGUCCCUUGUCCACGCUAAGUUGGCUAGAAGAGCUCUUGUUCAAUUGUCCUACGCCAUUGGUGUUGCUGAGCCAUUGUCCAUUUACGUGGACACUUACGGUACCUCCAAGUACACCUCUGAACAACUUGUUGACAUCAUCAAGGGUAACUUUGAUUUGAGACCAGGUGUCGUUGUCAAGGAGUUGGACUUGGCUAGACCAAUCUACUUCAAGACUGCUUCCUACGGUCACUUCACUGACCAAUCCAACCCAUGGGAACAACCAAAGCCAUUGAAGUUCUAAAGAUUCCAAAUUUGGCAUCAACAACAAGAAAUAAUUAACGACCCCAUAAUGACUCAUAAAGAAAACAUGGUGCAUUCGCUCAACUCGGUGCACAAAUAACUUUUUUACUUCGCCCUUUGCUGCUUUUUAUUGCCUUGCAUUAAUGGUUUCUCUACUUUUUUUUCUUUCUUU